GUCGCCAUCAAUCAUACGAGUAUUGGACACGAUGUCGAACAAGAUUGCAAUCCUCCUGGCACUUCUCGUUGCGGUAGUAGCUUGCGUGCAAGCAAAGGCCUCGCAGCCGCCUCGAUUUGUACGACCACUGCCUCGAUUCCUGCCAAAGCCGCAGUAUGGUGUUGGACAUCGCAUCGUAGGUGGAUUCGAGAUCGACGUGUCCGAGACUCCGUAUCAAGUGUCACUGCAAUACCAUAAACGACACAUCUGUGGAGGUUCCGUGCUGUCCAGCAAGUGGGUUCUGACUGCAGCUCACUGCACUGAUGGUUCGUCUCCUUCAAGUUUGACUCUGCGCCUAGGAUCUUCGAAGCACGCGUCCGGUGGGCAAAUCGCACGCAUUGCAAACAUUGUGCAGCACCCGAAAUACGACGACAGCACAACAGAUUUCGACUAUUCGCUGUUGGAACUGAAAGACGAACUUACGUUCAGCGAUGAGGUGCAGGCUGUUGCCCUUCCUGAGCAGGAUGAACCGGUAAAGGAUGGAACCAUGACCACCGUCUCUGGUUGGGGUAACACACAGAGUACUGCUGAAUCUAAUGCUGUUCUGCGCGCAGCCAACGUACCGACCGUAAGCCAAAAGGAAUGCGAUCAUGCUUACCAGCAAUUCGGAGGAGUUACUGAUCGCAUGCUGUGCGCCGGAUAUCAGCAGGGUGGAAAGGACGCUUGCCAGGGAGACUCUGGUGGUCCGCUAGUCGCUGACGGAAAGCUGGUUGGUGUUGUUUCGUGGGGUUAUGGAUGCGCUAAGGCUGGCUAUCCAGGAGUAUACUCGCGUGUGGCCAGCGUUCGCGACUGGGUUCGAGAAAACAGUGGAGUUUAAAAUUGUUCUUAUCUGACACCGAAUUGACGAUAUGUGAAUGACCUGAAAUAAAAUAUAAAGCUUAUUGUAAACCUGA